UCCAACUCUGAGCCUCCCGCUGCACACAUUGGCCAAGUCCUUCCUAGGGAAAGAUGCACACCCCCCCUUCCUAGUUCCCUUUCAGCCCAGUUUCCAGUUCCUGUGCAAAGGCAGGGCAUGCAUGUUUUUGUGCACAUGCAUGCAUAUACCCAUCCUUAAUUUCACUGUUAAACAGGACGCCGUGUGGACAAAAAGUCACAGCUCCGCUCCAAGCUCAAGAUGCCUUUUGGUCAAUAAUGACGACAAAAGCUGAAUUUUUCCCUAUUUAGGGAAAAGAAAGAACACAGCCUUUUCCCCCACUGUCCGUUUUGCAUAGAUCUCUUUUUUUCCGACUGUUUCCUCUUUAAUUAUGACCUGUCUCCCCUCCCUCUCCCCUCGCCUCAGCUUCAGUGAAAGGAGUCCUUCUGUCACUCGUCACUAGCUCGCUCGCUCACUGUGGGAGGAGCCCGCCUGAGGAAGCCGUGUGCCUGGGAUGCCAAGAGCCAGAGAAUGGAUCUGCUCCGAGUGGGGACAUUGCUGACAAUCCCGGCUUCCCGAGGCGGCUGAAAACAGGCAGUUUGUGUCUGCUGGCUGUAGAUACCCAGAGGCACAGAGACCGAAGCCACCCGGAGGGACCCACGGACGGACAGAUGGUAGGCGCGAACCCGAGAGGACCGGCGGAGGCUGAGCACCGAGAGCCGCCAAGGCAGAGAAACUAACUGCAUACCCAAGUUACCCCGCCGGCUUUCCUUCGCUGCGCUAAGGAAUGAAACCUUUCCAGCUCGACCUGCUCUUCAUCUGCUUCUUCCUUUUCAGUCAAGAGCUGGGCCUCCAGAAGAGAGGAUGCUGUCUGGUGCUGGGCUACAUGGCCAAGGACAAGUUUCGGAGAAUGAAUGAAGGUCAAGUCUAUUCCUUCAGCCAGCAGCCCCAGGACCAAGUGGUGGUGUCGGGACAGCCAGUGACGCUACUGUGCGCCAUCCCUGAAUACGAUGGCUUUGUUCUGUGGAUCAAGGACGGCUUGGCUCUGGGUGUGGGCAGGGACCUCUCAAGUUACCCACAGUACCUGGUGGUGGGGAACCACCUGUCGGGGGAGCACCACCUGAAGAUCCUGCGGGCCGAGUUGCAAGACGAUGCGGUGUACGAGUGUCAGGCCAUCCAGGCCGCCAUCCGCUCCCGCCCCGCACGCCUCACGGUCCUGGUGCCGCCUGAUGACCCCGUCAUCCUGGGGGGCCCUGUGAUCAGCCUGCGUGCGGGGGACCCUCUCAACCUCACAUGCCACGCAGACAAUGCCAAGCCUGCAGCCUCCAUCAUCUGGUUGCGAAAGGGAGAGGUCAUCAAUGGGGCCACCUACUCCAAGACUCUGCUUCGGGACGGCAAGCGGGAGAGCAUCGUCAGCACCCUCUUCAUUUCCCCUGGUGACGUGGAAAACGGCCAGAGCAUCGUGUGCCGUGCCACCAACAAAGCCAUCCCCGGAGGAAAGGAGACGUCGGUCACCAUUGACAUCCAGCACCCCCCACUGGUCAACCUCUCGGUGGAGCCACAGCCAGUGCUGGAGGACAACGUCGUGACUUUCCACUGCUCUGCAAAGGCCAACCCAGCUGUCACCCAGUACAGGUGGGCCAAGCGGGGCCAGAUCAUCAAGGAGGCAUCUGGAGAGGUGUACAGGACCACAGUGGACUACACGUACUUCUCAGAGCCUGUCUCCUGCGAGGUGACCAAUGCCCUGGGCAGCACCAACCUCAGCCGCACGGUUGACGUCUACUUUGGGCCCCGGAUGACCACAGAACCGCAAUCCUUGCUCGUGGAUCUGGGCUCUGAUGCCAUCUUCAGCUGCGCCUGGACCGGUAACCCAUCCCUGACCAUCGUCUGGAUGAAGCGGGGCUCUGGAGUGGUCCUGAGCAAUGAGAAGACCCUGACCCUCAAAUCCGUGCGCCAGGAGGACGCGGGCAAGUACGUGUGCCGGGCUGUGGUGCCCCGUGUGGGAGCCGGGGAGAGAGAGGUGACCCUCACUGUCAAUGGACCCCCCAUCAUCUCCAGCACCCAGACCCAGCACGCCCUCCACGGCGAGAAGGGCCAGAUCAAGUGCUUCAUCCGGAGCACACCGCCGCCGGACCGCAUCGCCUGGUCCUGGAAGGAGAACGUUCUGGAGUCGGGGACAUCGGGGCGCUACACGGUGGAGACCAUCAGCACCGAGGAGGGCGUCAUCUCCACCCUGACCAUCAGCAACAUCGUGCGGGCCGACUUCCAGACCAUCUACAACUGCACGGCCUGGAACAGCUUCGGCUCCGACACUGAGAUCAUCCGGCUCAAGGAGCAAGGUUCGGAAAUGAAGUCGGGAGCCGGGCUGGAAGCAGAGUCUGUGCCGAUGGCCGUCAUCAUUGGGGUGGCCGUAGGAGCUGGUGUGGCCUUCCUCGUCCUUAUGGCAACCAUCGUGGCCUUCUGCUGUGCCCGUUCCCAGAGAAGUACGGGAGGGAGAUCCGGGAUCUCAGGGAGGGGGACAGAGAAAAAGGCCAGGCUUAGGCUGCCCCGGAGAGCAAAUCUCAAAGGUGUUGUGUCAGCCAAAAAUGAUAUCCGAGUGGAAAUUGUCCACAAGGAACCGGCCUCUGGUCGGGAGGCUGAGGAGCACUCCACCAUCAAGCAGCUAAUGAUGGACCGGGGUGAAUUCCAGCAAGACUCAGUCCUGAAACAGCUGGAGGUGCUCAAAGAAGAGGAGAAAGAGUUUCAGAACCUGAAGGACCCCACCAAUGGCUACUACAGCGUCAACACCUUCAAAGAGCACCACUCAACCCCAACCAUCUCCCUCUCCAGCUGCCAGCCCGACCUGCGUCCUGCGGGCAAGCAGCGUGUGCCCACAGGCAUGUCCUUCACCAACAUCUAUAGCACCCUGAGCGGCCAGGGCCGCCUCUACGACUACGGGCAGCGGUUCGUGCUGGGGAUGGGCAGCUCGUCCAUCGAGCUUUGUGAGCGGGAGUUCCAGAGAGGCUCCCUCAGCGACAGCAGCUCCUUCCUGGACACGCAGUGUGACAGCAGCGUCAGCAGCAGCGGCAAGCAGGACGGCUAUGUGCAGUUCGACAAGGCCAGCAAGGCUUCUGCCUCCUCCUCCCACCACUCCCAGUCCUCGUCCCAGAACUCUGACCCCAGUCGACCCCUGCAGCGGCGGAUGCAGACUCACGUCUAAGGAUCACACACUGCGGGUGGGAUGGGCCAGGGAAGAGGGCAGGGCAGGUUCCGGUUGUCCAGGGACGAGGGGUACUUUGCAGAGGACCCCAGAACUGGCCACCUCCAGGACAGCCUCCCAGCGCCUCUGCCACCGCCUUCCUUCGAAGCUCUGAUCAAGCACAAAUCUGGGUCCCCAGGUGCGGUGUGCCAGAGGUGGGCGGGUGGGGAGACAGAGGGCGCGGCCGAGUGCGCUGUGCUCAGUGCUGGACACCAUGUCCCCGGCCCUUUCCUGGAGGCCCCUCUACCACCUGCUCUGCCCACAGGCACAAGUGGCAGCUAGAACUUUGCUUUCACGAAACUGCGGUCCACUCUCUGGACUCUCCGUGGGCUCUACCCCUCGCUGACCACAAGCCCUCCCUGCCCCUGUGCCUGUGCUCCCAUACAGCCCUGGGGAGAAGGGGAUGAGGUCUUCCCAGCACUGAGCCGCCCCAGAAACCCCGGCUCCCCACGGCUGCUCAUAGCCCAUACCCUGGAGGCUGAGAAGCCAGAAAUGGCCUUGGCUAAAGGAGCCUCCCUCUCACCAGGAUGGCCGGGAGCCCACCCCCAAUUUGUUUGGUGUUUCGUGUCCAUACUCUUGCAGUUCUGUCCUUGGACUUGAUGCCUCUGAACUCUGCGGUGGGACCGGCCCCACCAGAGCCUGGUGCACUGGGGGGAGGGAGGGAGGAGGGAGCCUGUGCUUACGGAGCACCUGGCCCGGCGUGCCCCUCCUGGGCUGUGUGACCCCAGCCUCCCCACCCACCUCCUGCUUUGUGUACUCCUCCCCUCCCCCUCAGCACAAUCGGAGUUAAUAUGAGAAGUGCGGGAGCUUCUCUGGUCAGGGUUCUCUGAACAGUUGUGGAGAGAGUGCUUCCUGCGAGGUGUGGCAUUUGAAGGGGCUGGAGGGCAGGUCUUUAAGAUGGCGAGACUGCCCUUCUCAGCUGAUAAACACAAGAACGACGCUCCUGUCUUCAGAGAGGAAGUAUAUCUACACCUCACCCCUCCCAGUCACCACCUGAGAAUAAAUGUUAGGGACAGUACUCCAA